AAUAAAUAGUAUUGUGAAAAAUACGUAACAGUUGCAAUUCCCAUUCCCCUGCCUGCGACUGCGAGGCACACAUUUACUGCGUGUUUUGUUUGUGUGGGGACACUACAAGUACACGCACAGGUCUCUUUGCUAUGGAAUGCAAAAGCGAAAUUCAGAUACGUCUCAAAUUCUUCCCCAAUCAGAUUCUGCUAACAAAAUCAUAGUAUAAAACAAACACAUAGAAAGUUCCCCCCUUUUCCUCGGAAUUUAUAAUGCCCCAACUCCGGCAGACUCCUUAGAGCCUCCGCCGCGACGGAAAUUCUAUUCGUUUUCACUGGAUUUCAUUUUGGGGUUUCCGUUUUUAGCUUGUUGGGUCUCCUUUACUUGAAUUUUGAAUACCUUUUUUGGGCUAAAGAUCGAUUUUUUAUUCGAAAAGUUGAUCUGGGGUGGCGGAAGGGAUCAUGGAGGAGAACAGGUUGUGCCAGUGGAGUGUAAUUCGAUCUAUAUUGGCUAUUGUUCAAUGGUGGGGUUUCAAUGUCACUGUUAUCAUCAUGAACAAAUGGAUCUUUCAGAAGCUGGACUUCAAGUUUCCAUUAACAGUAUCAUGCAUUCAUUUUAUUGCUUCGGCAAUUGGUGCAUACUUGGUUAUUAACGUGCUAAAACUUAAGCCUCUUAUUCAAGUUGACCCCGAAGAUCGCUGGAGGAGAAUUUUUCCCAUGUCGUUUAUAUUUUGCAUAAACAUCGUUUUGGGAAAUGUGAGCCUUCGGUAUAUUCCUGUUUCCUUCAUGCAAACCAUCAAGUCUUUCACCCCUGCCACAACAGUCAUCUUGCAGUGGCUAAUCUGGAAAAAGUACUUUGACUGGCGAAUUUGGGCUGCUCUGAUUCCAAUUGUCGGAGGGAUUCUGCUCUCGUCAGUCACGGAGCUGAGUUUUAACAUGCUGGGAUUUUUUGCUGCUUUAUUUGGUUGUGUUGCUACAUCUACAAAAACCAUUCUUGCAGAGUCUUUGCUGCAUGGGUACAAAUUUGACAGCAUAAACACAGUUUACUACAUGGCUCCUUUUGCAACUAUGAUCUUGGCUGUGCCGGCCAUGGUGCUGGAAGGGCCAGGGGUUGUGGAGUGGCUUCUGGCGUGCCCCUCUCUCUUUUCGUCCCUCUUCAUCAUUUUCGGGUCUGGAGUGUCAGCCUUUUGCCUGAACUUCUCGAUCUUUUAUGUCAUUCACUCCACGACUGCUGUGACCUUCAACGUUGCAGGAAAUCUUAAGGUCGCAGUUGCGUUUACAUGUUCUUGGCUCAUCUUCCGGAAUCCAAUCUCCGUCAUGAACGCCAUCGGAUGCGGGGUGACGCUCGUCGGGUGUACCUUCUACGGGUACGUGAGGCAGAUGCUCUCAAACCAAGCCCCAGGGCCCCCUGCCACGCCUCGUACACCACGGAGCAAAACGGAGCUGCUCCCGUUGGUCAGCGACAAAUUGGACGACAAAGUAUGACUCUUGCUCAUCAUUGCCCUACCUCCUAUUUUAACAGAUCAUAUACAUAUAUACACAUAUUACAGCCUUAUUUAUUUUAACCAAUGCUGAUCGAUGAAUAUUUAUUCUUGUAUGAAAAGGCUAAUGUAAGAGAACCAGAUAUCUAAUAGCACACAUGUUUUUUGGUAAUGAGAAGAGCCUAUUUGUUUUUGCGUUUA